UAUCACUAGUGUGGCUUGUUUCUCUUCACUGAGUCUCUCUCCGUUGUGUCCUCCAGGCUUCCUGCUGUUCAAGGACUUCUGUAUGAAUGAGAUCGACGAGGCCGUGCCACAGCUCAAGUUCUACGAAGAAAUUAAGGACUACGAGAAGCUGGACUCGGAGGAGGAGAGGUUGAGCCGCAGCCGGCAGAUUUACGACGGCUACAUCAUGAAGGAGCUGCUGUCCUGUUCACACCCAUUUUCUAAGAAAGCCGUGGACCACGUGCAGAGCCACCUAGCAAAGAAACAGGUUCCCCCGACUCUCUUCCAGCCAUACAUAGUGGAGAUCUGCGACAGCUUGAGAGGAAAGAUCUUCCAGAAGUUCAUUGAGAGUGACAAGUUUACUCGUUUUUGCCAGUGGAAGAACGUGGAGCUCAACAUCCAUCUGACCAUGAACGACUUCAGCGUGCAUCGGAUCAUCGGCAGGGGCGGCUUCGGCGAGGUGUACGGCUGCAGGAAGGCCGACACGGGGAAGAUGUACGCCAUGAAGUGUCUGGACAAGAAGAGGAUCAAGAUGAAGCAGGGGGAGACUCUAGCACUCAACGAGAGAAUCAUGCUGUCGUUAGUCAGCACAGGGGACUGCCCGUUCAUCGUGUGCAUGACGUACGCCUUCCACACCCCCGACAAGCUCUGCUUCAUCCUGGACCUCAUGAACGGUGGCGACCUGCACUACCACCUGUCUCAGCACGGCGUGUUCAGCGAGAAAGAGAUGCGUUUCUACGCCGCUGAGAUCAUCCUGGGUCUGGAGCACAUGCACAACCGCUUCGUCGUCUACAGAGACCUCAAGCCAGCUAAUAUCCUGCUGGAUGAACACGGUCAUGUUCGUAUCUCCGACCUCGGCCUCGCCUGCGACUUCUCCAAGAAGAAACCUCAUGCCAGUGUGUAAGUAUCUCUGUUAAACCCCGUUAUCACAGGACUCACUUCUCCAGG